AACUAUGGUUCAGUCUUCGAAGUCUUCUUCUUUAUUCGACUCGAAGGGAAAGGAGAAAGGCUCAGAGAGAGAAUGGAGAAGAAAGAGGAGUUUGUCGUUAAGGUUCGAUGCCAACGAAUUGGCUGCGACGCCACCUUCUCCGAGGACGACAACCCCGAAGGUUCUUGUCAAUACCAUGAUUCGGGUCCGAUAUUUCAUGACGGGAUGAAGGAGUGGAGUUGUUGCAAGAAAAAAAGUCAUGAUUUCAGCUUAUUUUUGGAGAUUCCAGGGUGUAAGACAGGAAAGCACACAACUGAGAAGCCAGUGUUGACAAAGGCAGCUCCUAGCCCAAAGAAGCCUGUUUCUGCCCCCUCUUCAAAUUCAACAACAGGUGCAUCUUCUAAAGAGACUUGCUCUAGGUGCCGGCAGGGUUUCUUUUGCUCUGAUCAUGGUUCGGUGGCUGGACAGAUGAAUUCAAAACCUUUAAAUCUGGACACAGGCGCACUGAGCAAGAGCAAUGCAAAUACCCAAGGCUCUCCUGUUCCAGCUAAGAAGCUAGUUGAUAUAAAUGAGCCCCAGACAUGCAAAAAUCAGGGAUGUGGCAUGACUUUCAAGGAGAAGGAUAAUAGCGAGACCGCAUGUAGUUACCAUCCUGGGCCUGCUGUAUUCCAUGACCGUAUGAGAGGGUGGAAGUGCUGUGACAUUCAUGUAAAGGAAUUUGAUGAGUUCAUGGGCAUUCCGCCAUGCACCAAGGGAUGGCAUAACGCAGAUCCAUCAUCCUAGCAAUCGAAGGCCUGUAAGGAUAUGAUGUGUUUCCUUCGCGGCUCCUUUCCUCCUUUGAAGUUGUUUUUUUCCAUUGAUAUGGUUCUCUAUGAACUUCUUUACAGUUUACUUUUUAAUCUCACCAAGUAUUUUCAUUGUUAUUGACAAAACAAUAUAUAAGAGGCGCGUACAUUUCGGUUGUGAA